AUGUGGUUAUGGGCUAGUGGUCGAUUACCUUAUUAUAAUGAUUUUUGGUCUCGACCAUUUUUUUCGAUAUAUAUCCUUUUGAUUAUUGCUUAUUGGAGAGAAUUUCAUUUCUAUUGGGUUCAUCGUUUUAUGCAUCCAUGGUGGUCUGUUCAAAAUGGAUUACGUCAAGGUGAUAUUGGUGCAUUUCUUUAUCGUCAUAUUCAUAGUCUUCAUCAUCGAAGUUAUAAUCCUGGCCCAUGGUCUGGAUUAUCUAUGCAUCCAAUUGAACAUUUUAUUUAUUAUACAUGUGCCUAUUUUCCUCUUCUUUUUUCAUGUCAUCCACUUCAUUUUCUUUACACAAAAUUUCAUGCUGAUAUUGCACCAAUUGGUGGUCAUGAUGGUUAUGAUUAUCCAGCUGGUGGCAGAUCCUUUCAUUAUUUGCAUCAUGCAUUUUUCGAAUGUAAUUAUGGAGGACCAUUGGUUAAUUUUGAUCGUCUAUUUGGUACUUACAAAGAAUCCAUCAAGAAACCAUCAGGAGAUGAUAAACAAACAAAUUAA